GGGCGGCGCCCCCGGAGCCGAUGCACAAACACAACAAUCAUGCCGAUGCCGAUGCCGAUGCAACUUGUGCUGUCGCUGCUGCCGUUUUGCCUCGUCGCCGCAGCGGCGGUGCAGCCCGGCGACUACCUUGCUGUCCCGGGCGGGUCGAUCCGCAUCGACGCCGUGGUAUCCCCAUCUCGCCAGCCGGAGCAGCAUGUGUUCAGAACAAUCAGCUCUGCGGUUGACGGAGCUCCAGCCGGGUACGUCGUCUACGUGACGCGGGGGGUAUACAACGAACAUGUGGCUGUUGCUUCGUCAGGCCUCACCCUCGUCGGCGAGGGCAUGGGGGCUACCUUCAUCACUGGGAAUCGCACAAACAAGACUGAGGGAGUCCACUCUAACGCGGACACGGCAACCCUCGAUAUCACGGGGGAAAACUUCACGGCACGGGAUUUAACGGUCGCAAAUACUGCCGGAGUUGACGCGGGACCCGCCGUGGCAGUACGGUCCGCGGCCAACCGGUCCAUCUUCUACCGGUGCGAGUUCGUCGGCUUCCAGGAUACCCUGCUGGCCGAGAGCAGGAUACAGUUUUACAAAGAGUGCACGAUCCAUGGUACAGUAGACUUCAUAUGGGGCGACGCCACCGCCGUUUUCCAGGACUGCCUCAUCUAUGUUCGGAAACCUCAGGCAGGACGCCACAACGUAAUAACAGCGCAGGGCCGCGAUGCCCCUGAGCGAGAUACGGGUUUUGCUUUCCAAAACUGCAGCGUCAUCACGCGCGACGACCUCACGGGAGUCGACACGUUCCUAGGACGACCCUGGAGAAACCACUCGCACGUGAUGAUCAUGCAGAGCUACCUGGACACAAUCGUGAACCCCCAGGGCUGGGUGACCUGGAAGCGAGAAGACGUGGCGGCGGAGGCCACGCGAACUGUCAGGUACAUGGAGUACGGUAACAGAGGUCCUGGAGCUGUUUACGACAGACGCGUCAACUGGACAGGCUUCCGCCAUAUCCGUCAUUCCCGUGAAGCUAAAAAGUACACCGUCGACCGCUUCAUUGCCGGGAACCAGUGGCUUCCUGGUCGUAAAGUCCACUUCAACCCCGGUCUGUACAAGUCCGACAAGCAUGCCUAGAUAGCUAGCUAUAGGUACUCUACUUGAUUGUCGAUCGUAUGUAUGCAUACAUGUGGUAUGCAUGUGUGUAGUGUGUGUAUACGUACCUAUACGUACGUAUCUACGGUAGUAUGUGUGUGCGCCCGGAGCCAGCCCCACCCGGCAUGCCUGCCUGCCUGCCAUAAAUAACUGCUCCGCUUAAUUGCCUC